AUCUAACAAUUAUUUGAUAUAUCUCUCUCAAAAAAAGGAAAACGGUAGCUUAACACCAAAGAAAUCAUAUCUGAUAAUUUAUACCAGCUGUGUCAACAUGUAUCAAUAGAAACAUUUCUUCUGAAGAAACAGUAACAAUCGUUCACUUAUUAAAUUAGGACUUUUUAAAACAACAGAUCCUGAAUAUUUCCGAUUUUGAAUAAAUCUUCAUAUAUAACUGCUGUUAGCGAAAGCUAAAAAUGUUGCCUUGUUGAAUGUAAAAGAAGGAAAAUUAUUAUAGAUAUGAAUACAGAAACUUUUACGAUUAUAAAACGUAAAACUUGUUGAAUAAAAUGUUGAUGUGGAUGUUAUAGCUGUCCCUUCGCGAAAUAAUAAAACAAUGAAGGAGUAUCGUAUGGUACCGCGAAAUAUAAGUCAUAUUACAAAAUGCGCGCUAACACGAUUGAAAUGAAUAAACGGCAGACGAGAGGAAACGCGAAAUUGAGAGUAAAUAAAUUCGGCAGCUAAAUUAUUACCGAUUGAAAUGCAUCAGAUAAGACAAUUAUAAAAAUAAUAUAUCUUUUAAUAUUUUUAUGAUGGAAAACUUCCUUGAAUUAAAUUAAUUAAUUAAUUUUAAAAAAAAAGUACUUACCUUUGCGCGAAGAGUGUGGCGCCAGUUAUCACGAACCUCACACACAGGCUCAGGAAGUGGACACAUUCAAAUAUGGACGAAGAUCAAUGCAAGGGAAGCAUAACUUUCUGGAUCUGUAAAUCACCGGGAAUUUAAAUAAUUGAUAUUAUCAAUAUUUUGAUGAAUACUCUGCCCCAUAUUAAUUUUCAAGCGAUCUCCAGAAUAAAUGAUUCGUCUCUCUAUUUAUUAGAUUAAUUUUGUUUGUAAUGACUAUAAAGAAUGUCAGAAGUGGUUUUUAAGAAGUUCUUGGACUUUCUAGAAGAUCAUCUUGAAGAAAACAAAGAAUUGAUAUCAUUUGUGAAAAAGCGAUAUGAUGAAUGCAGUGACUCCUUCCGUUUUUCCAAGGACUUCUUGGAGUUGACAGCAGAUAUACAGUCGAAAAUUGAGGCUGAGAAACAUCGAAUAUUUGUACAUCUUAAAAACUUCUUAGCAGAAUUGAAAUCCUACCGAGUUACUACUGCUCCAAAUAAUAAACGGAAACUAGUGGACGAUGUCUGUGAGGGGACUAAUAAAAAACAAUGUGUUUACAAUUCAUGUUCAGAUCUCAGUUCUGACUCUGACUUUUUUAAGAGAAAUAACACAAAGCAGGUCAAUGUAGAUAGCAGUAAAAAGAGUGAAAAGAUUGGAAGAGAAGAAAAAAAUGAAGACAGUUGUGGUAAAGAAGAAUCAAUAUCCUGUGAGAAAGAUGAUCAAGUAUCUCCCAUUGUGGAAGAAUCACUCUCAAAUGAUUCUAUCCAAUCAGAUUUUAAGUCAUCUGAUUCUUCAGACUUUCCUACCUAUUUUUCUGGUGAGCAGAAUCGUAAACAAAAAUCUCCAUCUGUUGAUCUGAUAUCAUUGGAUUCCAAGAGUCCUUGUCCAGCAUCAUCCAGUAAUCACGAAAGUGCUUCUGGUGUUAACAAACAUACUUCAUCUAACACUGUGUUAUUGGACUGCAAGGAGUCAUCAAGUCUUGAUGUAGCUUCUGACUGUGCACUAGAUUCUAAGGCUGAAGAUGUGGACAGUGAUAGGGAAAAGGAGGCAGAGGAAAGCAAACAGAAUUGUUUAGAUCUGGUAUCACCUUCCCCGAACACUCUUGAGGAAAGUGCAAGUAACUUAAGUGAAACAAAAGAAAAGAAAAAGAAGAAAGGAUCUGAAAGGCAAAUAAAACGAUUAGAAAAACUUCUUGAUGAAAUCGAUAAAGAAAUUAAGGCAGCAAAUGAAAAAGAACUUGAUCUUGAAGAAAUGGAAACGGAUGAUUCGGCAUAUCUUUAUGAAGAUCGACUGCAGAAAAAGUUUGUGAAAGUUUGGGAAAAGUUAUGUGAACUUAAAAAUCAAGAUACUAAAACUGGGCGGCCAAUUGAAAGAAAAUUUCAUUAUAAUGGUACUCGUUAUACUGAAGUCAAUAAAAAAAUUGAAAAGUUUAUCAACAAGAAAAAAAUUUUCCCAGAUUAUAAUGAUAUCAAAAAUAUUAUUAAUCAUGUGAACACAGAGCAUAAGUUAUAUUUAGGAAAAACAAAUGUCGAAGACUUAGCCAGAGAAGCAUUUACUGAUGUUGGGAAUCAACUCCAAGAAAGGCGUCAUCGUGAUUUUAUCCUGACAUUUGGAAAUAGUCAAACUGAAGCAUACAGAGUUACUACUGAUCCUGCUACUUAUGACAAAAACUUGAAGAAGAAGUUAGACGAAAAUCGUAAACUUGCAAAAUCAAAGCUGGAUGAUAUUAUAUCAAAAUAUGCUCAGAAACAAUAUGAUACCAAUGCUCAGCCUGAAGAAGUUGAUGAAAAUGUUUUAGAAAGUUCAUCUGAAGAAGAGGAUGAGGAGGAUGAAAUUCCAGAAUUGGAUGAAGUAAUGGCAUUGGAUGAUGACGAUGAAGAUGAUGACAUUACUGAAAUCAAAACAGCUAAACCUUCAGGGAGCGUCUCAUUACAAAUACCCCCCACAAAAGACUUGAAAGUACAAUUAGAGAAGUUGGUAAUACCUACCAAAGUUCAAAAUGAUAUAAAUAAUAUUUCUGACAGUUCUGCAUCCAACAGUUAUUCUAAGACAAGGAGCAGACAAGAUCGUGGUUGCAAAAUGUCAGCCCAAUCACAAAAAGGUAAAAGCUCUUCACAGGUGCUACCUUUGUUACCUUUACACCGAGUGGUUAAAAGCGAUGAAAAGAGCAAAGAUGCGAGUGAAAAGAUAGUUAUUGAUCUCGAUUCUUCUGAAUCUGAAGAAAAUGGUGUAAGCUGCAGCAUUCCAAUCGACAAAGUAGACACUCCUACAUCAACAUGUAAAGAGCAAUCUCUUAUACCACUAAGGCCUCGAUGUGCAGUUGGUGCUAGAAAUUCCAAUACUUCAUUAUCAUCAUCUACAACCACAUCAUCAUCAUCAUCAUCAGGAAGAAUGUUUGUCUCUUCUCAAAGCAAUAUGCAGCUUAGUAUGGAAGUGAAAACUCAGGUUCAGCAACAGCAAGAUUUUGAUGGUGUCUCAUUUAAAAUUGCUUCUGUUGCUUCUUUAGCAUAUAGCAUGAACAAUCGGACUAGUAACUCUAAAUAUUUUACUGCACAACAGACUAAUUAUCAAAGUCAGAAUUAUCAAGUGACUUCGGGUAGUAGUUACGGUGUUAGAAGCGGUCAAAAGUGGCCUGCUACUACUCAGUCUAAAGAAGUUAUUGUUUUGUCUGAUUCUGAUUGAAGUGUUUGUGUGUACGAAAAUAUAUACAUAAACAGCAAAUCUACAUAGUAACUUGUAUAAAUAUGGAAUUUAUAAAAAUAAAAGUUAUUAUAAAUAAAAUCUCAAAAUAAUCUAAAACCAGUCACACCUGCUUGUUUAAUAAAAUUAUUACUGGUAUGUGUAAAAUAUCCAUUUAAAAA